AGCCAGCCAAGCUGUGCAAGCGCUUUUGGAGGGGUUACGGCGUGCUACGGUUGGCGCAAAGCUCUGUGGGUACUCCUCCUAGCAUAUCACGAAGCGUUGCCCAUUUUCAGAAGCGUCGCGCGACCACGGGACGAGAAUGGCUGACCAGCAAGGCAGCACACUGAGCGGCAAUGCGGCGGCAUUCGUGCCAACCGCAGCCGUCCCGCCCGUGCUGACGCCUCUACCGCCACCGCCAGCGCCGGCAACAACGAAAGGGCGCGGGCGCGGUCGUGAACGGGGCCGCGGUCGAGGUCGAGGUCGUGGACGAGGCCGCAGCCGGAGCGCUGGCAAGGGCCGCGGCCACAGGAGCGCAGCCGAAGCGACCCUCGUGGAGAUGGGCUACGCGCCGGCCGCCGCGCGGCGCGCGCUGGAGGCCACGGGUUCCGUGGAGGCGGCCAUUUCGGCGCUGGACCCGGGCUACUGCGCCGCCGUGGACACGCAACAAGCUCGCGGCAACGCGAACCACCUGCUGCGCUUCACGACGGAACGGCCCCAGCAACAACCACCGCCGCGGCGGCGCGCGCCCGCGAAGCCGCGGAGCGCGCACCGGCCGCGGGGCAUCGCCUUCGAGGCGCCCGCGAUACGGUUAUUAGUAGCCGCGGGCGUCGCGUCACCGUUCGCCUGCGACGCCGACGAGGCGCCGCCCUGGGAGAGCGUCGUCGCGGCGGAUGUUGUUGGAGACGCGAUCCGCUGCCCCAUCUGCCUCGAGGACGAAGCUAGAGCGCCGGUCGUCACGCGCUGCGGCCACGGUUUUUGCGCGGCCUGCGUCGUGCGCCACUGUACGUCUGAUUACGUCCGCAGCCGGAAGUGCCCGUGCUGCGCCGCGCCGCUUUCAGUAAAGGACCUGCGGCCCGCGUUUUUGAGAAAGCCGGCGGCGGACCUCGUUUUACUAGAACGGCCGAAGAGUGGUAGAAGGGCGUGCCUCGCGGAUCGCGUCACGGGCCGCCUGCCGGCGUCGGACGACCGCUGCGACCUCCUCGCAAAAAUCACGGAGGCGACGCCCGCCGCUGUCCAAGCCGCGCAACAAAGCUUCCGCGCGGCCCUGGCGGACGCAUCCCUGAAAGCCGACGACGAGGCCGAGCGCCGCGCCGUCGCGGCGGCCGCGGCGUACUUAGAUGUCGAACCGGUGUCUAGUAACGAGCCAUCAAUGGAAGAGCCAACGGAGGCCAAGACGUACCGCUUCUACGGGCGGAAGGAUGGAAGUCUAGUCUUCCUGCACCCGCUCCACCUCAAAUUACUAAUAGCGGCGGUCGGCGGCAUCGAACACUUGCCCGAGGCGCUGCCGGAAUUGCGCGUGGCGCACGCCGAGCGCUUCGAGCAGUCGCCGGCGACGCGCAAGCGCUUCCCCUGGCUCGCGCACGUGCCUAUUGGUAGUGACGUGACUUUGUUAGAUGCGCGCGGCGACGGCGGCUUCGGUUCUGAGUUCACGGAGCGGUGCCGCGCAGCGCGAGAACAAGACCCCUCUCUUAGGGACGCCCUCGCCGCGCGGGCCAAAACUAUCAAACGGGACCAGGAGCAAUCGAGACGCGCCGAGCGCCGCCACGCCCAUAACGUCGAGAAGCGCCUCGCCGAGAAGGCCCCGCCAAAAGCAGCGCCCUACAUCCAGCAAGAGGGCGACUUCGCGCCCGUCGAGCCGGAAAUAACCGAGGAACUUCAGGCGCGGGCCGAGGCGGCGCUCGGCGCGGCGCCGGCGGCCAUGUCCUUCGCGAACACCGUGGCGCGGAACUUCGCGGCGCCGGAGGGCGCCUUCCCGGAGCUCUCGGCGAGUCCCCCGGCCGCGCCGGUCGCGGCAGCCCCGGCGCCGUCGUGGGGCGGUCGCGCCGUGACAAGAGGCGACCAGCUAGAUCGCGCGCGCUUCGCGGCGCCACCGCGGGCGCCCGUCGCGCCGCCGGCGACGACAUGGGGCGACCGCAGCGGUGCGGCUGUCGCCGCGGCGCCGCCGCCAAAACCAAAGGGCAAGCCGGUGAAGAAGACGCUCUCGCUGACGGGCGGCGGCCGGCGCUACUAG